AGGCAGGCGCCUGGGCGGUGCACUGGUUGUGGCGGCUGCGGCGGCGGCGGCGGCGGCGACGACAGCGACUGCAGCCUUAGAGGUGGUGGCGGAGGCGAAGCAGCAGCGGCAGCGGCAUUAGCAGUAGCUGCUGCCAGGGCUAGAGGCAUCGCGGACGCCCUACCAGCUCGGCUUAGCUCGGCUCGACAGGCGUUCGAGCGUCUCGCCCCUGCUGAGCUCGCUGCCUUUUGGGUCUCGGCCCGGGCGGAGCCAGUGGGCCGGCGAAGGGCCCCCAGAGUGGGAGGUGGGGCUGGAAGAUAUGAUUUUAGAUAUCAUGAGCAUAUGACUUCAAGAAUGGACAACUGGGAAUCUAUUAAUUCUGAUUAGCUUUAAGCAGACUCAUAAUCACAGAGGAACCUCAUCAAAUUUCAUACUUUUUGCUUUAAACUUGUCUUGAUAUCUCACUCCUUUGUGCAGCCAUGUAUGGGAGUGCUCGUUCAGUUGGUAAAGUUGAACCAAGUAGUCAGAGUCCUGGGCGCUCACCUAGGCUUCCUCGUUCCCCUCGUUUGGGUCACCGCCGAACCAACAGCACUGGAGGGAGUUCUGGAAGCAGUACUGGAGGUGGCAGUGGUAAAACUCUUUCAAUGGAAAAUAUCCAGUCCUUAAAUGCUGCCUAUGCCACAUCAGGACCUAUGUACUUAAGUGAUCAUGAAAAUAUGGGUCCAGAUACACCUAAAAGCACCAUGACUCUUGGCCGUUCUGGGGGUCGACUGCCUUAUGGUGUUAGAAUGACUGCUAUGGGCAGCAGCCCUAAUAUUGCUAGCAGUGGGGUUGCCAGUGACACCAUAGCAUUUGGAGAACAUCAUCUCCCUCCUGUGAGUAUGGCAUCCACUGUACCUCAUUCACUGCGCCAGGCGAGGGAUAAUACAAUUAUGGAUCUACAGACACAAUUGAAGGAAGUGUUACGGGAAAAUGACCUAUUACGGAAGGACGUGGAGGUGAAAGAGAGUAAAUUGAGUUCUUCAAUGAAUAGUAUCAAGACCUUUUGGAGCCCUGAAUUGAAGAAGGAACGAGCCCUGAGAAAAGAUGAAGCUUCCAAAAUCACUGUUUGGAAGGAACAAUAUAGAGUUGUACAAGAAGAAAAUCAGCACAUGCAGAUGACAAUCCAGGCUCUCCAGGAUGAAUUGCGGAUCCAGAGGGACCUAAACCAACUAUUUCAGCAAGACGGUAGUAAUAGAGCUAAUGAACCCUUUGCUGCAGAGCUGACAGAGGAGAACUUUCAGAGACUACAUGCUGAACAUGAGAGGCAAGCCAAGGAACUCUUCCUUCUUCGUAAGACCCUUGAAGAAAUGGAGUUGCGGAUUGAGACUCAGAAACAAACACUGAGUGCACGAGAUGAGUCUAUAAAAAAGCUCUUGGAGAUGUUGCAGAGUAAGGGACUAUCUGCUAAGGCAACUGAAGAGGACCAUGAGAGAACAAGACGACUUGCUGAGGCAGAGAUGCAUGUACACCAUCUGGAAAGUCUCCUGGAGCAAAAGGAAAAAGAGAACAAUAUGUUGAGAGAGGAGAUGCAUCGGAGAUUUGAGAAUGCUCCUGACUCUGCUAAAACAAAAGCCCUGCAAACUGUUAUUGAAAUGAAGGACUCAAAAAUUUCCUCCAUGGAGCGUGGGCUCCGAGAUUUGGAGGAGGAAAUCCAGAUGCUGAAAUCUAAUGGAGCUUUGAGCACAGAAGAACGAGAAGAAGAGAUGAAACAAAUGGAGGUCUAUCGCAGCCAUUCCAAAUUCAUGAAAAACAAGGUAGAGCAACUGAAGGAGGAGCUAAGUGCGAAAGAGACUCAAGGGGAAGAGCUGAAAAAGAGAGCAGCUGGUCUCCAGACUGAGAUUGGUCAGGUGAAACAAGAGCUGUCCCGAAAGGACACAGAACUCUUAGCCUUGCAGACAAAGCUGGAAACACUUACAAAUCAAUUCUCUGAUAGUAAGCAACAUAUUGAAGUGCUAAAGGAAUCAUUGACUGCUAAGGAACAGAGAGCUGCCAUUUUACAGACAGAGGUAGAUGCACUUCGAUUAAGGUUGGAGGAAAAGGAGACUAUGCUGAAUAAGAAGACAAAACAGAUACAAGAAAUAGUUGAAGAGAAGGGAACUCAAGCAGGAGAAAUACAUGAUCUGAAGGAUAUGCUGGAUGUGAAGGAGCGUAAAGUCAAUGUUCUCCAGAAGAAGAUUGAAAAUCUUCAGGAACAACUUAGAGAUAAGGAGAAACAAAUGAGCAAUUUGAAGGAACGUGUCAAAUCUCUACAAGCCGAUACCACCAAUACUGACACUGCAUUGACUACUCUUGAAGAAGCCCUUUCAGAGAAGGAAAGGACAAUUGAACGAUUGAAGGAGCAACGGGACAGAGAUGAGCGGGAGAAACAAGAAGAGAUCGACAAUUAUAAGAAAGACCUGAAGGAUUUAAAGGAAAAAGUUAGCCUCUUGCAAGGAGACCUCUCUGAGAAAGAGGCAUCACUCUUAGACCUCAAGGAACAUGCUUCUUCUCUGGCUUCCUCAGGACUAAAGAAAGAUUCAAGACUUAAGACACUGGAGAUUGCUUUGGAGCAGAAGAAGGAAGAGUGUCUGAAAAUGGAAUCACAAUUGAAAAAGGCACAUGAAGCAACAAUAGAAGCCAGAGGCAGUCCAGAAAUGAAUGACCGAAUCCAGCAGUUAGAGAAGGAAAUUAUACAGCAUAGGGAUGAAUCCAGUAAGUCCCAGGCAGAGGUAGACCGUCUUCUGGAAAUUUUAAAGGAGAUGGAAAAUGAGAAGAAUGAUAAAGAUAAAAAGAUAGCUGAGCUGGAGAGGCAAAUAAAAGACCAAAAUAAGAAGGUUGCCAAUCUGAAGCACAAGGAGCAAGUGGAGAAAAAGAAGAGUGCACAGAUGCUUGAGGAGGCUCGGCGGAGGGAGGACAAUCUCAAUGACAGCUCUCAGCAGCUCCAGGACAAUCUCCGUAAGAAGGAUGACAGAAUUGAAGAACUGGAAGAGGCACUAAGGGAAAGUGUACAGAUAACUGCUGAACGAGAAAUGGUGCUAGCUCAAGAGGAAUCAGCCAGAACCUUUGCUGAAAAACAGGUGGAAGAAUUAAUGAUGGCUAUGGAAAAGGUUAAACAGGAACUAGAGUCCAUGAAAGCAAAGCUGAUUUCUACUCAACAAUCAUUAGCAGAGAAGGAAACUCAUUUGACCAAUCUUCGGGCAGAAAGGAGGAAACAUUUGGAAGAAGUCUUGGAGAUGAAGCAGGAAGCUCUCCUUGCUGCCAUUAGUGAAAAAGAUGCCAACAUAGCUCUUUUGGAGCUUUCCUCCUCCAAGAAGAAGACUCAAGAUGAGGUAGCUGCAUUGAAACGCGAGAAGGAUCGUCUGGUUCAGCAGCUGAAACAGCAGACUCAAAAUCGCAUGAAGCUGAUGGCUGACAAUUAUGAGGAUGACCACUUCAAGUCUUCUCAUUCCAGCCAAACCAACCACAAACCCUCCCCAGACCAGAUAAUCCAGCCCCUCUUAGAACUUGACCAGAACCGCAGCAAAUUGAAGUUGUACAUUGGACAUCUGACGUCCCUCUGCCAUGACAGAGAUCCCCUGAUCCUGCGAGGACUUAGUCCACCUGCCUCCUAUCACCUGGACGAUGAUCGGGCAGCUUGGGAAAGUGAGCUGCAGAAGAUGACCCAGGAGCAGCUUUGCAGUGAAUUAGAAAAAGGUGAGCGAGACAACGCAGAACUGCAGGAAUUUGCCAACGCCAUACUUCAACAGAUAGCCGAUCACUGCCCCGACAUCCUGGAACAAGUGGUCAAUGCACUAGAGGAGUCCUCCUGACCCCACCCAAUGACCUCGUGGGAAUGACCAACCCAACAGCCAACCUAUUCAGUCCAGGGACCUAAGAAAGGAGCAGUAAGAACAACAGAAGUCCAGAAAUCUCUGGUUUGCCUUGUAUACACUAAAACCAACCGGCCAAACACUACAAGCGACUUCCUAUCGCUGAUCUCCCCUCCAAAUUCCCACAACAUUUUUGCAUUCAUCUUUUUGCUGUGGAGAUGGUCUCCUCACUAUUUUGGGAUGUCCACAAUGAGUGGCUUCCUCUCUACAAAGACCCUGUCAUCAAGUCAUCAUCAAUGAGUAAUAGUGGAAAGUCAUGAUUCAGCCUCAGUGCAGGACAUCUUUUUGUCCUUUUAACAUGAAAACUAAACCUACAAGUUGCCACUUUUUAGUUCAGUGUGUUGAAAACAUGACUUGCAACAGGCCAGAAAAUCUAGGGUAUUGUGUGUCUAUAGUGGUUUCUCUAAAAUGGGUAGUCUCUCUGAAAAAAGAGAAUUCCAGAAAGGAAGAGAGAGACAAAGGAGCAAAUUUAGAGAGAACCAACUCUUCCAUUUAAAUUGUUUUCCAGGAAGGAAGGUAUUCAAUAUUCAUUCUUUCUUUUAUUUGUCUUUUCUCAUUAUUGAUUUUGCCUUUAGGGAGGCUUCAGGCCUGGAAAUAGCCACAUCCCUAUAGCUUCAGUAAUGGCUUAUUGAACACUAAUUUGAAAUACCACCAAGGUUCUUUGCCCCAGUCCUAGCUAAUCUAUCCUUCCUCGACCAUCUCCUCUGAAAAGUUAGUGAAAGGCUACCCCAGAAGUUCACUCUACUAGAGCCCUUAACCAUUAUUGGGCUUAAGGCUGCACAUAAAACUUUUCUAGUUAGUUUCUUUUAAAAAGAGUUUGGACCCUGAGGCCUUCCCACCCCCCAGUUGGAUCUGCCUCUGUAGGCUCAUGCCUUCUAAAUCCACAACCAUUACUCCAAGUCUCUCCUCUGGAUUCAGACAUCUUGAACCAGUAGCACAGCUGACACAACUUCCCUUUUUUCCAGGCUCCUUCAGUGCAUUUUGUUUCUCCUGGUUCAUUGUGCGCAUGGGAAGAUGAGCUCUGCCGGCUUCUCUGACCCCCCAGGGCCAUUGCCUCUUCAUGUGGAACUUAGUGCCUUCUGUCUUUCAGAUGAGCGCUCUCUGCUCCUCUCUAUCAAAAUGCCACCCAGCCUCUUCCCAAUUAAAAAUGCCCAAUCUAUGGAGUGUGACAAUUGCCAUGUGACAGACCUGGUUAAGAAUGAGAGAAUGGAGAGCUGCUCUUUUCUGCUCCCUAUGUCCCCACAAUCAUUCUAGAAUGGAAGUUUUUUAGUAAAUCUUUUUUAAGAGCCUGCUUUUCUAAUUAUAGCAAAAUUGAUGCAUUUAGAGGGUUGAAUCACUUAUUGCUCACAGGAAAUCUCACUUGAUUCUUUCGUAUUUUCAUUUUUUUUAGUUAUCCUAGAAAGGCUCUCCUAUUUAGGAAGAUGGUUAGCUCUAAGUGUCCUUUUAACACAUCCAAGCCAGUCACCCUGAGUUUUGCUGUCUUUAAAUGGCAAAUCAGAGAUUAGGCUCCAGUUUCAAGAAUCCCUAAGUUGUAAAGGCUUUUUAAAGAACUUUUUCCAGAACACAAGCAAGGACAGUGGUGAAUGAUAAGACACUGCCACUCAGAUAAUGGACAAUUCAUGUCAGAACUGUCCCUUUUACCACUUCCUUUGCCAGACACCCACAUGUUUUGGUAAAAGCCAGUCCCCUAAAACAUUUAGACAUGCAUUUUCUCCUUCAACCCCAAUUACCUAAGGAAUUUAGUGCUAUCCAUAAAAUCAUCAUUUCCAUCAGUCUUAACAUCUUCCCACUGCCCGUCCCUGACUGUCUCAUUAGCUUACAUUGUCAGAAAUCCAAGAGCCCUCAUUCCCUGUUGUAAAACAAUACCUUCUCCUUGUGAGAUACCAGGAUUUUCCUUAUCUAUGGUCUAAAUGAAUCCAGCUCAUAAAGUUCUUACUGAUAAGUUCCUCAAUAGGAAGGCUAGUGUGCUGGAAGGGUGGGAAGGCAGUGAUUGGGGAGUAAUGGCCGUCAUUUGUGACCAAUUACCUGAGUUCUAUUUGUUUAUUGCACUACCCAUAAAUCAUCUAAUACUCUACAGUCCUUCUAGGCUUGGAAUGGUGGAGCCUUAAUUGAGCUACCAGUAGAUAGCUGAACUUCAGAAGGAUUGUCAUGUCCUUUUAGGAGCAAGAAUUAAACCUCAGAUCCAGAGCCCGUGCUUGGGAAUCUGAGCCAAUCCUGCCUGUUUCUUCUGACCAAAUCGACAAGGGGUCAUAUUAAGCAGGCUACUGAAUCUUUUUUAUUCAAAUGAACACCUGUGGCUCUUACUCAUCAGGAGUAUUAACUCUUAUUAACUUAUUAACUUCCUUUCCACUUUCACUCCAGCCCUCCCCAUGGAUUUCUACCAUAAAAUCCAUUUAAUCUUUCUCUGGGGCUUUGGGGAAAGAAAGACCCAGGAGAAGUCUUAAUCCCUCCUGAACCAUAGUAGAUAAUCUUUUUGAUCCCACUUGGGUAGAGAUCUUGUCUUAUCAGAGCUAAGAAUUGCCUCCAAGAGGAAGGCAUCUUUAGUUCUGAGUUAACACUGAUGGUGACUUUUCCCUUGCAGAAGGAAAAUUAAUCGGGUACCUAACUUGUGUGUAUCUUCCUAGGCAUGGUACAUUCAUUCAGACAACACCUAUUGGUUGAUUGCAUGGACAUCAUCAUGCAGGCAUUGUCAAGCAGCAGCUGUUGUGAUUUUGCUGCUUGGUAUCUUUUGCCUUGAUUAUCUUUGCACAUUUGACAAGGAAGUUUGACGGUAAUCUUCCCAAAUUUUUCCAUCUCAUUAACCAAUCUGUUUGCCCUUUCUCACUUGAAGAUCAGUUACACCACCUUCCCCCCCCCCCCAAAAAAAAAGUAGUACCUUUAACAGAGACAAUGAGAUCAGUGAGCUGAAUCAAAAGUAUGGGAGUGUUGGUAACUAAAGAAAUAGAGUUUCUCUCUGUGUGUCUCUCUGUCUCUCUCUCUCCUUGCAUACCCUCCUAUCCCCCCAGUGUUUUAAUAUACUGAUCAAGAAGAAUCUGGGUUGAAGUUUGUAUACUGAUUAAAAUGGGUAAGUCAUUCUAAGUUUGAGUGCAAUGGGAUAUAUGAGUGGAAUUCUGUGAAGCCAUUUCAGCCCUGACAUUUAAUCCUCGCUUCUCUUCCAACCUGCAGGAGUUUUGAGUGAUUCUGUCCCUUUUCCUAAAAAAAAAAAGGGGGGGGGGCAUUUGAGACAAUGGUAUAGAAUGGUAUAAGCUGAAACCUUCCUCAUAAUUGAUGGUACUGCUGGCUAACAUUUAAAGUAAGGUUGUCUAGGUUCUAGGUGAAAGAGGGGAGAGGUGGGGGAAACACUUAGUUGUGUCUGCCUUUAAACUAUAAAAGGAAGGCUAGGCUUGAUCAUCCACUAAUGGGAAGCCAAGGGUUUGUCAUGUCUUUUACCCAGAUAAAAGCCCUGGGUAAGGGAGGAAGUAAAUAAAGGGCACUGUGUGCUAAAUCCCAGUGAUUCCACUGGGCUAAUUCCUCCCUUACUGAAGUUCCAGGACUAGUAUUUGGUGUUGCUGCUCAAAGGUUCUAUACAAAAGAAAAACUCACAUAGCUUUUCCAGAAUCAGUCUCAUUCUGCCAUUUGAGCCUAUUUCCCAAAUGCUAUUAGCUGCUCCGUAGGUUUUAUUUUUCUGCUCUGGGAAAUUUGGGAGGUUUCCAGAGGAUAAAAUGCUUCGUCUUUCCAUUCAGUGGUGAAUUACUCCAAGAUUGAAGCAUUAGGUCCAGGGUAUAUAUUUGGGCAUUUUUGAGGAUUCAACAAGACCUUGUUUCAUCAGGAGUCACUAUUUCCCCCAGGUCUGAAAGCCCAGAGGCUGGAGGAAAUUGGUGGAAAGAGAGAAAGCUGUGAUUCAGCAGUACUAUUCCCAUAAAACUAGCAGGCACCACCAUAUAGAUCACAUGGGGGCCAUUCUCUGGAUAAGACUUGUCCUGCUCAUCAAGACAGUGGGGAGAAAACCAUCUGACUUAACUUAGCUCAAAGGAAAGCUCUUUAAAAAAUCUGUGGGGAAAAAAAAAUCUGGGAUUUUUCAUGUGAAUUGAGGGGAUAUCUAGGCAGGAAACAAAAAUCCCCUCCACUACAGGGAAAUCCUUCUGAACAAAAUGGUUGCCUCUGCCAACUCUUUUAAAAAGCAAAAACUGUUUCCAAACCUUUUAGUGUCAAAACUAUAACCAGGAGGCCCCUGACUUUUCUGAUAUGUUUGGCAAGUGCUGUGACCCUAUCAUUGAUAUUUCUUCUCCUAAUUUUUUGGGGGGAUUAAGAGGUUUAGGGUUUGAUUUCUUGGGUUCUUUGUCCCCCAUCCCUCCUCCUGUUUUGCUGUUUUGUUUCUCUGCUUGUCAAUAUUGUCUGUGUGGUCCAGAGAACUGGAGCAGUUAUAAACCGUGUGUGUCCAGUGUUGAGAUGUUGUGUUUUUUUAAUGAGAGAGAAAAAAAUAGUAGUAGAACUGAAAAAUAAAGAGCUGUGUUUUAUAAAAAUAAUAAUAAAAUGCAAACCAAUAUUGUUUUAAUAAAGGAAUUCAAGCUAGGGGCAGCCAAACUCCUCCCCCUCCUCUCAGGCUUGCUGAGGAAAAGCUAUGGGCCUGCAUCUGGACGUUUUGCCUUUUUCUUUACAAGGUUUAGAAGCAAAUGAAAGCUGGACCUUUUGAGUAAAUGUUUCAGAGUCCAUGCCCCCAGUGCGUAGCACCAUGUAGCAUCAGGGGCUGAUCUCUUUGACGCUUUGUCUAAGUUCAUUAGCUAUGGUGCUAGGGUGAGUGGUUGACGGCCCCCCCCCUUCUGGCAACAGCCACAGUACAGGCCACACAACCUCUUUCCUCCCCCCAUUGGUGCUAUUUCAUCCAGUUAACCUCUCACUUUGGGGGCUAGCCUGAAGCCUACAUGCCAGGUGAGACAAAUUACACUCAGUUCUCAACUCCUUCAACUCAGUCCCCUAACUCUAGCUCUUGAACUUUUUAAACCUCUUAAGUUUUCAGGGGCCAGAAAAUCUCCAGCCAAUGAAGAUGCUUUUGGAAAGGGAGAUGAAUUAGACCAAAGCCAGAGGACUCAUUCCUGGGCCUGAGCAAACCUUCUGGACCCAACCCUUCACACCAUACCAUACCAGUAUUUCAUUCACCCUAAUACACAAUCCUUUAUGACUUGCCUCCCCCCACGCAAGAACAGCCCAGGAGAUGGUAAAACAAGUCAGCAGGUCCAAGGUAGGAACAUCAGGUACAGCCUGGGACUCUCUCCUUUACUUGCUUCAAAAGAGAGAUGUUGCACUUUAGUGGAAGAAGAGAGGAGUAUAGGGUACCAUCUCCCUUAUAGCUUGAGUUCCUUUUUUGGUAACUGAGGCAGCUGGAGAUGCUGGUGUUACCAAACCUGCCCACUGCCUUCAACUGUAUGUGUGUGUGUGUUAUUGCUGGAGUUGUGUUACUGACAGGAUAAUGAUAAUGCAAAGAAAUUGUGUUCUAUUCAACUUUGCCUUGAUAAUUAUUAUAAACACUUUGUUCCGUUUUCUUUUUUUAUUCACAAAUUUAAUUCAUCAGGAAACUAUAAAGUUAUUUAAAAAUUCUA